AUGUUCCACGCACUUCUGUCCGGUACUACUACCCCAAACUCCGGUCGUGCAUCUCCUCCCACCGGCGAAAUGCCCAUCGAUAAUGAUCACGUGGCCGUUGCCCGUCCAGCGCCCCGUCGCCGCCGCAUUGUAGUGGCCAUGACGGGUGCUACUGGAGCCAUGCUCGGCAUCAAAGUCCUAAUUGCCCUGCGCCGUCUCAACGUGGAGACGCAUCUGGUGAUGAGCAAGUGGGCGGAGGCUACGAUCAAAUACGAGACCGACUACCACCCGUCAAACGUGAAAGCGCUGGCCGACUACGUACACAACAUCAAUGACAUGGCUGCCCCAGUGUCCAGCGGCUCAUUCCGCGCAGACGGAAUGAUUGUGGUACCGUGCAGCAUGAAAACAUUGGCUGCUAUCCACUCGGGCUUCUGCGACGAUCUCAUCUCAAGGACAGCAGAUGUGAUGCUCAAGGAGCGCAGGCGAUUGGUGCUAGUAGCGCGGGAGACUCCAUUAAGCGAGAUCCAUCUGCGAAACAUGUUGGAGGUUACACGAGCUGGGGCUGUCAUCUUCCCCCCGGUGCCUGCGUUCUACAUCAAGGCCGCAAGUAUCGAGGACCUCAUUGACCAAAGUGUUGGACGGAUGUUGGAUUUAUUUGACCUCGACACCGGGGAUUUCGAGCGUUGGAAUGGAUGGGAGAAAUAA